AUGUACCAGCGAGCUCUAGUAGGCUAUGAGAAGGCCCUCGGUCCCGAUCAUACGUCCACUCUGGAUACAGUCAACAACCUUAGUCUUCUCUACCCUAAUCAGGGGAAGCUGAAGGAGGCAGAGGAGAUGUACCAGCGAGCCCUAGGGAAGCUGAAGGAGGUAGAGGAGAUGUUCCAGCGAGCCCUAAUAGGCUACGAGAAGUCCCUCGGUCCCGAUUAUACGUCCACUCUGGAUACAGUCACCAACCUUGGUCUUCUCUACUCUGAUCAUGGGAAGCUAAAGGAGGCAGAGGAGAUGUACCAUCGAGCCCUGGUAGGCUACGAGGAGGCCCUAGGUCCAGAUCACCGUCAAACACAGCAGGUUUUGGAGAGAUUAAAUGCGUUAAGCAUCAUGAAUCGAAUAUAG